GCAAUCGGAGGGGUCCGUUGACGGAGGCUUCACACCGCCCUCUAGCUUGGACCAGGCAGCGAAAGGCGACCGGGACAAGGGCCGACGGAGGAGCCGGAGCCGCACGAGCUGCACUGCGUCCACCGGCCGGGUCAGUCGACAGAGCGGGUGGUCCAACAGUGUGUGGACGGUACUGAGCUCUGUCCACCGGAGCCGACCACGGCGGAGGCGGCGAAUAUCAGGAACCACGAUGCGCUUUCCACCACCUGAAAGACCUCGGAGUGAGCAUCGCCGGACGUCCAGACAGCUCCCUAGCGUAUGCGCCGAAUACAAUCACUGGGGAAGAUGUACCAACGGUAGAAGUUGCAAGGAACUGCACGUGUGCAAAUAUUUCAUUCAAAAUAGAUGCGCAUACCUGCCAUGCAAAAGAGAGCACACACUGCACACGUCUCAUAACAUCUGGCUGCUCGAGAUAAACGGUUAUAACGCCAGGGAGCUGGACCUGGCGCUGAGCCGUCUCCGCGAGCGCGAGCGGGCGGAGAGACUCGAACACCAGGCGCACAGACUCGAAGUUUGUUUUAAUUACAACAUGGGCAAAUGCAACUACCCCGACUGCCGCCGGCUGCACGUCUGCUACCGUCAUGUAAUGGGUAAACCAUGUGAGUCAGGCGAGUGCGACCUCAACCACAGCGCAGUAAACGGCAGUCACAAUAGCAGACUUCUGUUUAGUGCCCAUCGGAGCGACACCUCCGAGCCAGAGAUCUGCCGGCUACUGAAACAGCGCUCUCCGCCCAUGGCUAGGCUCUGCAACGACCAACACUCUACGCCGCCGGCACACUGUUUACGACUACACUACUGCCCGGAUUUCCUUCUCAAUCGGUGCAUGCUUAAAGACAAGUGCCCCCAAGUUCAUAGCCUGAGGACCCCGCAAAACCAGCGGGUGCUGACAUUCUUUGAUUGGUCAGAGGAGGAGGCGCUGCAAAUGCUGAGGGAAAAAAAAAGACAACGGAUCAUUUCAGUCCAGCAUAGAUCGAACCCCAAGUGAUUGGGACGACGACGAGGAAAGAUUAUACCGACAGACUCCCCGUGAAGGAGCGCAGCUGGGGCCGAGUGGAUCUGGCGAGCAGGUGCGUGAGCAUCAGAAGUGGGAGGAAAAAGAGAAGGGAUGGAAAGAAAAAAAUAGGAAUUUGGAGGAAAAGGUGAGGAAAUUGGAGGAAAAGGUGAAGGAACUGGAAAACAAGGAACAAGAAUGGAAGGGGAAGGAGGCAGAAUGGCGCCGAAAAAGGAAAGAAUUUGCAGUCAAGGAAAUAGAGUUAUUAAGUGAACAACAACACUGGCGAGAAAAGGAAGAGGAAUGGGAGAAAAAGGAGACAAUAUGGAAAAACAAGGAAUCCGAAUGGAACAACAAGAAAAAGCCAAAACUGCAGCAGAAAGAAAAUGAUUUGCAAGAAAAGGAACGUAAAAAAACCAAGACACAGCAAAGGGAAAGAAAAACACACGAGACAGAGGAACGAACGGGGGAAGAAGCUGAUGAUAGGUAUGGGCCAAGUACGAGCAAAAGACAGACAGAUAACCUAUGCGGCCAGAGUGUGACCAAGAAAAAAAAGUACGAUUAACUCACAACCCGUACCGGGUGGGGGGGGGGGGGGGUUAAGUGUUCCCCUUUUUUUGCAGAUCGCUUCAAAACGGCUGCGAAUUUUGACUCGCCGUUUGCAGUAGCUCUUCAGGGGUCAAUUUUACACAACUCCUGAAAAAAUUAGUAGGUCCUAUGUCAUCUCAGGUCAUGAGUUCUGGACCUCAAACUGAGGUCAUGAUCGGCCGUUUUCUGGUCGAAUAAGUUGUUCACGGGAAAUAAAUCGCAGAAAAUCAGAUCAUUAACUUUGAAACCCAAAGAUUAAACCCUAGGCACAAAAAAGCAUGGUUUUAAAAUGGCUAUCUCAAAAUUUCCAACUUAUAAUAAUUUCUGAUCCUGUGUUUUUUACCUUCAAAUUAAACUUUCCUUAUAUGUAUAAUAUGCAUUUGAAAUUUGGGGAAGUUUUCAAAAACUCGGAAUAUAUGUCAGAGAACAUCUCAUCGCCUUUACACAUACCAAAUAUCAAGAAAAAUAUCUCUAAAACUUCCGCAGAUAUUUCCAUUUGAGACAAAAUAUUGUAACUGUUCUUAUAACGCCACACAAUGGACAGCGUUUGAACGCACCUCAAAUCAAUCAAGGGUAAUAUGGACCAGUAUAACGCCUUUUGGGGCGACUAACGGAGCGAGCGAGAGGGUGGGCCUUGCACGUGCGAAAUUGCGAGGGGGUACCUCCAACUGACUUGUGCACGGCACCCUACUAACUGGUCUCUAGCGAUGUGCCAAAUUUGGGCACAAUCGGCCCAGCCGUUCUCGAGAUCUGGAAGCGGCACCCUGCACGUGCGCACGUGCAAAAUGGGUCCCAACUGACUUGUGCACGGCACCCUACUAACCGGUCCCUAACCGUGUACCAAAUUUGAGCGCAAUCGGUCCAGCCGUUCUCGAGAUCUGGAAACGACCCCUGCACGUGCGCACGUGCAGCAGCACCCCAACUCUGGCACAUGUAUAUGCAGUGCCUAGUGGGUGCCUACCUACAUGCCAACUUUCAGCGCAAUCGGCCAAGUAGUUACCGAGAUAUUGCAACAAUUACAAAAGUGACACCUCUUCGUUUUGCACGUGGCACGUGCAUAAGGGGUCACCCACAUGCAUCGGGAAUAGUCCAAUACUUGGUAGAAGGAAUGAAGCUACCCUACAAAAAUUACCGCGUGUAAAUCGGUCAAGUGGUUGCUGAGAUAUAAGCCUCGCAAAAGCGUGACCACGGCCGGCCGGCCGGCCGGCCGCUCAUACUCAGAAAUUUCCGUUAAUCUAAGGAAAGACUACGCUCGCUUCGCUCGCUCCGUAAUGAAUGAUCUACCUGUUCGUCGUUUUCACACUAGCGUUGCAUAUGGAACCAACAUCUGUGCUGCUCGUCAGAACGGCCGCUAUAGUUUCAGACGGGCCACAACACUGGUUGGAGAUGUGGAACUGCACCCCGUCCCUGACCUGGCUCGUGGGACGGCUGCGGCGAUGCCGCCUGGCGCGCUGUCUGUGUACCACGCCAACGUCAGGAGCUUAAAGAAGCAGCUUGGUGACCUUCGUGCCUCUGCUCCCAUACUUGACCGCCAUGACGUGAUAGCAGUUACUGAGACCUGGCUCAAUGAUACAGUAGCCGACUCGGAGUUGGAGCUCGGUUUUCGUGAUCACACGUGGUUUCGUCGGGACCGCUGCUCUCGGGGCGGCGGAGUGGCCUGUGCCGUGCGGACAUCGCUGCUGCCGCAGAGGCUGCCGGAUCCGGAUGGGGCGGAGUGCCUGCUGAUCCACCUGCGGGGCUGCUCGAUAACAGUCGCCGUCUGCUACAGACCACCGGACGACGACGGAGCCCUGGGGAGAACGAUUGACGCGCUUUCAAUGUUGCAAGACUGCAAGCUCAUACUGGUCGGUGAUUUCAACCUGCCUGAAAUAACCUGGAAUGUAUCACACAGCGUGCCCGAGCUGACUCGUCAGACGGUCAGAGCGUCACAUUUUCUCCACUCCUGCGACGCCAUGGGCCUCAGACAAUGGGUGUCGGAAGCUACCCGAGGGGAAAGAACGCUAGACUUGAUCUUCACUCGGCGUUUACAAGCUCGAGUGCACGUGCGAGAUGGCCUCUUUAUCUCCGAUCAUAAGGAGACUGUGGCCACCGUCUCGGUUCCACGGAGCCGACCCCCGGCGCCGUCAAGGCGCACCGCCUACAGCUACCAGAGCGCCGACUUUGGCACCCUGCGGCGGAGCCUGUCAAAGUGAUCCCGUGGGGGCUGCUGGUCGGUAUCCGCGUGGUGUUGCGCCGCAGCGUGCCACCAUGGUUGGCCACAGGGAGGUGCGCGAGGCUCUGAAGCUCAAGGAGGCGGCCUAUCGUCGUCUCCAUUGAAACCCGACAUCUGCCAGCGCGAGAAGUUACGAGGCGUUUGCGUCCAAGUUUUCCAACUCCAGAAGAACGGUGUUACCCUCCGCCACGGCUUACCCGCUGGAUCCGAUGUCACGACUGCAUGUUUCCGAGGACGCGGUUAGAUGUGCGCUGCUUUCGAUCUCCCCUGGCAAAACGUGCGGGGACGAUAACAUUAGUGCGAUAAUCGUGGUUGGUUGUGCCGAGGAGCUUGUUGUUCCGAUCACCAAACUACGUGUUGCUGAGGGAGAUAAUGUUUCCGAAAGGACAAGCGUAAACUGAAGAACUGCCGAUCAGUUUCUUUACGAUUACUCAUUGUUUCGAUUUUAGAGCGUGUAGUUUUUGAGCAGCCGUUCUCUCACGUGUCCGGUGUCCUGUAUUAGGAAUUGACCAAAUAUGAGUAAGUCGUGUGAAGUUAUAGAUGUGCUUAUGCUUGCUGCUUAUGCAUGAUAGAAAAAAACUGCUUCUGGAAAACAGUGUCCUGUGUUAUGAAUUGGCGAAAUGUAAUUCGUGUGAAUUUAUAGGUGUGCUUAUGCUUGCUGCUUAUGUAUGUUAAAACAAAAACACUGCUUCUGGACCAAUAAAUUUAGUGUUAUA